AUGAACACUACUCCUGAUAUGUAUAUAUCAAAUAAAAUAGAGUACUGGUGGUCAAGGCAAGAGGAGAGGAGGAGGGGGUGGGGAUCAGCAGCUGGUUUUGAUAAGAGUAAGGAAUCUGGGUCUGGAUUUGCUUUUACGUCGAUUUGCCUCCUCAUCUCGCUAGUUCUCAUCAUCAUCAACACUGUUACUACGGUUGAUGAUGAAGGCCAUGAAUACCAAAUCAGGUUUAAUGAUUUUUAUGCGUACCGUUACCUGGUGGCUUCUGCUGUUGUUGGAAUUGCCUUCACUCUCACCCGAUCUGCUUUCGAUAUCUUUAAAGUGAGCACUGGAAAUCGACUUGGUGGUGCGGGCUUCUAUUUGCUCGACUUUUAUGCCGACAAGGUUACAUCCUACUUGCUUGCCACGGGUGCUGCUGCAGGGUUUGGGCUCUCCGUUGAUUUGAACCGGGCACUAGGAAAUGACUCGUCGUCCCUCACAGAUUUUCUUAAUAAAGGAAUUGUGGCAGCAUCUAUUUUCUUAGUGGGAUUUGUGUUCUCAGCUGUAUCAUCAGUUUUUUCAUCUUAA